CGCAGCCCGCCAGGGACGGGGAGUGGCGCCUGCCGGAGCAAGCGCCGCCGCCGCCGCCAUGGCUUCCAUUCUGGACCAAUACGUCGACUCGCUUUCCCACUCCGCUUCCUCGCAGCAGAGCCGCACCAGCCUGGGCAUCCCAAAUACGGGUUAUGUGAAUGCUCGACUGGAAAAGGAGACACCAAUUUUUAACAAACAGAGGAUUGACUUCACCCCUCCCAAAAAGAUUAACAGCCUGGUUGUCUCCUCUAACCAGCUAUGUAUGAGCCUUGGAAAAGACAUACUUUUCAGACUUGACUUGGCCAAGGCAGAUGAGCCUAACCAGGUAGAGCUUGGACGGAAGGAUGAAGCCAAAGUUUACAAGCUCUUCUUGGACCACACAGGUUCUCACCUUAUCAUUGCUCUGAAUACCAGUGAAUGCCUCUACUUGAACCGAAGUGCUCAGAAGGUGCGCCCCCUGUCCCGCUGGAAGGGUCAUUUGAUUGAAAGUGUGGGCUGGAACAAGUUCUUUGGUUCAGAGAUGAACACAGGCCCCAUUUUGGUUGGAACAUCCCAAGGCCAGAUAUACGAGGCUGAGAUUUCUGUGAGUGAAGGCAGUCUCUUUGGCACUAACCAUGAUCAGUAUUUCCGCCACAUUUAUAGCCUGGAGGAGGAGGCAGGGCCUGCCCCGGUCUGCUGUCUUGAGAUAGAGCGAGGAAUUGAUGGGAAAUGCUUUAUUAUCGCCACCACUCACAAGAGGCUUUUCCAGUUUGUUGGGAAGAUUCCGGAGGGAUCUGAGCAGCAGGCCUUUGGUACCAUAUUUAGCAUGCCUGCAGAUCACUUGCCUGGCUUCCGUGAGUUUCCAGCAAGCCUUGGCUACAGUGAAAUAGCGUUUUACACUCCAAAGCUUCGUUCCUCUCCGAGUGCUUUUGCCUGGAUGAUGGGGAAUGGUGUCCUGUAUGGAUCACUGGACUAUGGACGUCCUGACUCUAUUCUGAGUGAUGAGCAGGUCUGGGAAUAUCCCUCUGAUGUGAAUGCUGUAGCCAAUAAGCCCAUCUCCAUAGUGCUCACGCAGUUCCAUUUUCUGCUGCUCUUUCCUGAGAGUGUGAAGGCCGUCUGCACUCUGAAUGGACAAGUUGUCUUCCAGGAUGUGUUCCUGGAGAAGUUUGGCUCACUGAAGCGUAUGAUCAAAGAUCCCGCAUUUGGGCAAAUCUGGAUCCACACGGAAAAAGUUGUGUUUCGAUACAAUGUACAGCGAGAGUCCCGCGAUGUAUGGAAGAUGUACAUGAAUAUCAAUAAGUUUGAUCUGGCUAAAGAGUACUGCAAAGAGCGCCCUGAGUGCUUAGAUAUUGUGCUGGCAAAGGAGGCAGAAUACUGCUUCCAGAACAGGAGAUAUCUGGAUAGUGCUAAGUGUUAUGCAUUGACACAAAAUUACUUUGAGGAGAUUGCCCUUAAGUUUAUUGAAGCCAAGCAAGAAGAAGCACUGAUGGAGUUUUUGAUUAAGAAAUUGGCGAGCUUGAAGGCGUCUGAAACAACUCAGGCAACCCUGCUGACGACCUGGCUAACGGAGCUAUACUUAAAUCGCCUGGGUGUGCUGGAAGGGGAUGCCUCAAAACGGGACCUCUACGAGAAGACCCGAGACAAGUUCCGCAGCUUCUUGGGCAGCCCCCAAAACAAAGACUGCCUGUCCAGCAACCGAGCAACCAUUCACGAGCUGUUGGCGAGCCACGGGGACACAGAACACAUGGUGUACUUUGCAGUCAUCAUACGUGACUAUGAGCGGGUGAUAGCCCAUUACUGCCAGCACGAAAAUUAUAACGAAGCGCUAGAAGUCCUGUCCAAAAUCAAGAGCAAGGAGCUCUUCAACAAGUUCUCUCCCAUUUUGAUCCACCAUAUCCCCAAGAAGGUGGUGGACGCUUGGAUUGAAAUGGGCACAAGACUGGACGCGAAGCAGCUCAUCCCUGCCCUUGUCAACUACAGUCAGAGUGGGAGUACCCAGCAGAUCAACGAAGCCAUUCGAUACAUGGAGUUCUGCGUCAGUGAGUUGAAGGAAACUCAGCAGGCCAUUCACAAUUACCUGCUGUCACUCUAUGCUCUGAGUCGCCCUGACUCUCUCUUGUCCUACCUGGAACAUGCAGGCACCUACUCGGACAACAUCUACUAUGACCUGAAAUAUGCACUUCGGCUCUGUGCAGAACAUGGCCAUCACCGAGCAUGUGUCCAUGUAUACAAAGUUAUGGAGAUGUAUGAGGAAGCUGUGGAUCUAGCCUUGCAGGUGGAUGUAGAUAUGGCAAAGUCCUGUGCAGACCUCCCUGAAGAGGAUGAGGAGCUGAGAAAGAAGCUCUGGCUGAAAAUCGCUCGGCACGUGGUCCAGGAAGAGAAGGACGUCAAGAAGGCCAUGGCUUGCCUUUCUAGCUGCAACCUGCUGAAGAUCGAAGACGUCCUGCCCUUCUUCCCAGACUUUGUCACUAUUGAUCACUUCAAGGAAGCCAUCUGUAACUCUCUGGAGGCUUACAACAAGCACAUAGAGGAGCUGAAGACGGAGAUGGAGGAAGCGACACAGAGUGCUAAAAGGAUCAGGGAGGACAUUCAGGAAAUGAGAAACAAAUAUGGCUCCGUGGAGCCCCAGGAAAAAUGUGCUGCAUGUGACUUUCCACUCCUAAACCGUCCCUUUUAUCUCUUUCUUUGUGGCCACAUGUUCCACUAUGAUUGCCUUCUCCAGGCAGUUUAUCCAAACUUGCCUGCCUAUAAGCAGGUUAAGCUGGAGGACCUCCAAAAGAAGCUUUCUGCCACCAGCCAACCCUCCAAAUCCCACCAUCGCCUCAAGGACGCAGAUACUGCUAGUCAAGGAAAAGGCCAGCCAAGUCGGGAACAGACGAAAGCUGACAUCGAUGAUAUUGUAGCAGCUGAAUGUGUAUAUUGUGGAGAGCUAAUGAUCCGAUCAAUUGACAAGCCUUUCAUUGAUCCACAGAGGUAUGAGGAGGAGAUGCAGAGCUGGUUGUAGGAUUAACAUGUUCGUGCCAGCUCAAGAGCAUGAAAUUCCCUGCAAAGCAUGAGACUUGGCAGCUAGCCCCCCAGGCAUCUUAAACAUACGGAUUCCACGGGGGUUUGAAAAAGUAUUACGUGAUUCUUACUAUCUGUAAGUUAGCUCUGCAGAGUGGGUUGUCAGUGAUGGUCAUUGUUAUUAAGUCUGUUUGGUUUCCAGGGAUUGGCGCUCUGCAAAGCACUUUUAACUGUGAUGUUUCUUUAGAGAACACCCUUCAUAUAAAUACUGAAUGCACCUUUAUCUUGUUAAGAGAGGACUAAAAAUUAAUGGCUUAUGUUAUCAUGUCUGGGUUAUUCCCAUAUUUCUGUGAAGAAUUAGGCAGUGCUGGGGAUACCCGGUUGCAUAAACUUGUAUUCUUUUCAAAUGGUGAGCUUCUCCUUUUGUUGUUCUCGGUAAUAAGACUGAGACCAUUCUCUGCAUCUGAAACAUAAAAAGAGAGAAAUUGUGCAUGAGGUCCUGUUUGCUGGAGAAUUACAGACCCUUCAGAGUCUGUAAUUCUCCAGCAAAGCAAUUCCAUGUAAAUGCUACAUUUUUAGUUUUGUCUUUUGGGAUUACAUUGGACUUUCCCCCACUCAUUUCCUGACAGCUUAUUUUUGGAUAGCUGCAAACGGUUAAUUUUCCUGGAGGGUUUCUUCAAUUUGUUACAAGUAAAUAGAAUCAAUUAUGGCACUAUGAUUGAGAGCCUUUGCUCAGAUUUGGGAUGAAGUCCAUGCUCAUUUUGAAUCCCUCACUUGAGUGUUCCCAUGCCCUGGUUAGAGCAGCACUUGGUCGCUAGUAUCUUAAAAGGGCAGCUCUCAUUCACUACCAUCUGCACAUUUGUGUUGCUGAUUACCUUAAAACAGAGAAUAGAAGCUCAUGUGCCGUUAAUCAUAAAUCCUGCAGUUAGAUUAGGGACCAUCCUUGAUUCAAUUUUAGUGAUCCUUCGAUGACUAUGGGAAAAUUACAUGAUUGGAGCAACAGUUGGAUGUGGGUUCAGAGCUGACCAUUUUUUGCUUUUGUUUUUUUUUCUUAAAGACUGUCAUUGUCCUUUAUGUACUGGAGAAGAGACUUUAGGUAACAAGGAAUGCCAACUAAGGAACUUAAAAGUUUAAAUAUGAGUCAAAUGUACUUUAUAUUGAGAACCAUGUUUGUUAUUUUCUCUAGUUCUGAAUUGCCAUUAAUAAUGAUUUGGAUUAUAUCUGUACCAGAAUGUUUCUGUGGUAAAGUUCUUUCCAGGGGUGUGGCUCAGUGAUUCAUUAUGAUUUUUGGUUUUUAAAUGCAUAUUAAAAA